AGCUCACGUGCACAAAAUUACUGUCUUGGUAAAACAGCAUCGUAAAAAGACGUAAGCAGUCCGAUCCGACCAAGGCAAAAAUAUCUCUUUGAUAGGCCUAUCAUUGAAUAUAAAAAGGUCAUAUCAACUCGAAUUCAUCAUGCUUCUGAUACCGAUAGUAUUUUGGCAGAUUUUCUUAAGUUUCACUCUGUAUGGCACUGUUUCGUGCUCCGACGAUGCGAACUCAAAAAAAGGAAACCGUGUUGGGUUCGACCUUGGAGCUGAACUUCAACAAGUAUGGCCCCGGAAGCUUCCCGUUGACAUUUCUACCAGGAGACGUACGGCUGCUGGGAACUGUCCAUGCUCCGAUCCUUCUUGGUGCGAUACAAUAAAAACAACACGAAGCAAAGAGAUUUAUCUUUUCUCUGUGUCCUCACACAGUUGGCAGCAUUACGACUGGGAUCACAUCACAACGAUCGCUAUGUUUGGCUACUAUGAUCCUAAACUCAUGUGCUUUGCUCAUUCAAAGGGUGUAAGGGUUGUUGUUCUAGGUGAAUUCGGUGCCGCCCUUCUGACCAACUACACGGCUCAAGUUGAAUGGGUGAUGUCAAAGGUCAAUUAUGCAAUUGACAAUCAUAUGGAUGGAAUCAAUCUGGACAUUGAGUUCCCGCUGACCAAGGAAGAAGCUCCGUUACUGACCAGUAUGGUUCAGAUGACCACCAAGGUUUUCAAGCAAUCCAUUCCCUAUUCUCAGGUAACAUUUGAUGUCGCCUGGUCACCGAACUGCAUCGAUCUGCGUUGCUAUGACUACAAAGCCAUAGCUGACGCAGUAGACUUUGUGUUCGUCAUGUCGUAUGAUGAACAGAGCCAAAUCUAUGGAGACUGCAUCGCGAAAGCUAACUCACCAUAUCACCAAACAGCGCAAGGUGUUGAAGCCUUUCUCAAGCUUGGUAUCGCUGCUAAGAAGAUGGUUCUUGGUGUUCCGUGGUAUGGCUACAACUACAAGUGUUUGAAUGUAUCCAAGUCCGAUGUUUGUUCCAUACCUGAGGUACCGUUCCGUGGGGUCAACUGCAGCGAUGCAGCCGGCAGUCAGAAGAGCUUCAGUGAUGUCAUGAAACUCUUGGCCAAUAACUCCACGAAAGGCAGAAAAUGGAAUCCCAUAUACAAGGCUCCCUACUUCGACUAUAUGGACUUGGAGAAAGGCGACACGUAUCAGGUUUGGUAUGACGAUACCCAGAGCCUUCAGUUGCGUUAUGACUAUGCCAAGGAAACGGGCCUUCUAGGAGUGGGACCAUGGAAUGCGGAUCUCCUGGAUUACAGUUAUGACCCUAUCAGCAAGAACCAGACUGCUGCUAUGUGGGCUGCUAUGGCAAGCUUUCUUGAUACUGUGUCUUCCAAGACACCUUGAAGGAAAGUGUAAGGUUUAGGUGAAUAGGGAGUAUUACAAUUAGAUAGUGAUUUCUGUGACCUUUGACCUCAGGUAUAGAUGUCAUGGACUACGUUGAUGACCCUAUCAGCAAGAACCAGACUGCUGCUAUGUGGGGUGCUAUGGCAAGCUUCCUUGAGCGAUAGCACAAGACACCUGGAAGGUUGUGUAAGGUUUAGGUGAAUAUGGAAUAUUACAAUGAGAUAUUGACAUCUGUGACCUUUAACCUCAGAUACAGAUGUCAUGGGCUACACUGAUGACCC